ACUUUCCCUCAACUGCAUUUCACAUUUUGCUUCAAUCACACAAAAAUGGCAACAACAAUGGCUGGCAUGAGCCUCUCGGCCCCAAGAAUCGUAGCAGGAGUAGACUCAGUGAAGGCCCAGCCCUUCAAGCCCGCCACGUGGCUGAACCAGCCAUGGAGGAGGAGCGGUACCGGAGCUGGGCGCAUGUCUGCAGUACGGCCCUUGUUCGCCGCACCAGAUCAGAUAUCUGAGAAGGUGGCGGAGAGCAUCAAGAGCGCGGAGAGUGCUUGCUCGGAAAACCCAGCGAGCGGCGAGUGCGUGGCGGCGUGGGACGAGGUGGAGGAGCUGAGCGCCGCCGCUAGCCACGCCAGGGACAAGAAGAAGACUUCUGACCCCUUGGAGGAGUACUGUAAGGACAACCCAGAAACUGAUGAGUGCCGUACUUAUGAAGAUUGAAUUUAGCAUAGCGUAAAUUCCAAAGUUUCUUCUUCUUUUCUUUUCUUUUUUUAUUAAGGACAAAAAAAAAGGUUUAAGUAAUUAGCUGCUGUUAUAUGAUGAAAUGAUGAUGAUGACGCACUUUGUGUUUGUUAAAUUAAUCUUCCAUGAAGUAUAUUAUUUUGGUGAUGAUUAUCAUUAUUACUUUUAUUAAUUAAGAUUAUUAUAUUGAUACAA